CAAGUGACUUGAUUUACUUCAAAGCUUUAAUUCAUCCUGAGGAUAAUAACUCUGUCUUUCUUUCACUCACAAGGGAUCGAUUCAAUUCCGCGCAUAUUUCGCAUGAUGGUGCUCUUUAACCUCGUCUGCCGAUCGGGACGGUUCUGGCCCUCAAGCCGUGCGGGCAUUCCCCAGCACGCAGCGCAAUUGCAAUGGCGCUAUUAUUCUAGCCAAGUCGCGGGACAGGAUGGGACUCUUCCUUUGCAGGGUAUACGGGUGCUUGAUAUGACGAGGGUUCUGGCUGGGCCGUAUUGUACUCAGAUUCUUGGAGAUUUAGGAGCUGAGAUUAUUAAAGUCGAGCAUCCAGUCCGCGGAGACGAUACCCGCGCCUGGGGGCCUCCAUAUGCGAAAUACAAAGAUACACCGACGGAUAAGGGUCCAGGUGAAAGUGCUUACUUUCUUGCUGUCAACCGGAAUAAGAAAUCAAUUGGCAUCUCCUUCGCCCAUAAACAAGGUGUGGAGAUCCUGCACAAGCUGGCCAAGGAAUGUGAUGUCUUGGUCGAGAAUUACCUUCCGGGAAACCUCAAAAAGUACGGCAUGGACUACGAAACGCUGAGUGCCCUCAAUCCCAAGUUGAUAUACGCCAGUAUCACGGGAUAUGGGCAGACAGGGCCAUACAGUAACCGCGCCGGGUACGACGUUAUGGUCGAGGCAGAAAUGGGGUUGAUGCAUAUCACAGGAUCAAGGGAUGGACCGCCAGUCAAGGUCGGAGUCGCAGUCACAGACCUUACAACCGGUCUCUACACGUCGAAUGCCAUCAUGGCCGCAUUGCUUGCACGUGCGAGGACGGGCAAGGGACAACAUAUUGACUCCUCUCUCAGCGAUUGCCAAGUCGCGACCCUCUCCAACCUGGCCAGCUCAGCCCUAAUCAGUGGAGAGAAGGAUUCGGGGCGAUGGGGAACCGCACACCCAUCCAUUGUGCCGUAUCGAAGCUACAAAACCCUUGACGGCGAUAUUCUUUUCGGAGGAGGAAACGACCGGCUAUUUGGAGUAUUGUGCGACAGGCUAGGCUUCCCGGAGUGGAAGACAGACGCCCGCUUCAUCACAAACCGAGACCGGGUAAAGCACCGACAUGAUAUUGACGGAAUGAUUGAAGGGAUAACCAAGACAAAAACCACACAAGAGUGGCUGGAGAUAUUUGAGGGUAGUGGUAUGCCGUAUGCGGCAGUCAAUGAUAUCCAAGGAACGCUGAACCAUUCCCAUGGUGAGUCGCACCCACUUUCCUGCCAUCUAUCCUUCUCUGAUAAUGCAUUUCUGGUAGAUGGAGGAUUUUCUAACAUUCGCGCAUAGUUCUCGCUCGAGGGAUGGUCCAGGAAGUUGAACAUCCCUCCUGUGGCCCCAUCAAGCUAGUCAACACGCCUGUCAAGUAUUCCCACGCAAAACCAGGGAUCAGGACUCCUCCUCCGACUCUUGGCCAGCACACCGAUGAAAUCCUCGGGGGGAUGCUCGGACUCCCGGAAGAAGAUAUUUCUCGAUUAAAGCAAGGGGGAGUUGUGUCGUAGAUUCCAUCACAUUAUUGUUGAUUGGUCGGGAGAUCUGUAUUUCUCCUUCCUUGCAUAUAUAAGCAAUAAGUUGGACUGUUAGUAUACUAGAGAGCGACAAUGAUGAGUUGCAGUGGCUAGCCACCAGCAUCCAUGGACGGAAAUAAAGCAGAAGCUCUGGCGACAAAGAGAGAAGCGGGAACUCUGUGCGUCACGUGGCUCUCUAUAGACCUUGAUC